CUCUGUUUCUGCUCAUUUAUUCUUCCAGGCCUGCACUGCAACAGAACACACUGGGGUUUGUGAUAAAAUAAUAAAUAAUUGAUAAUCUAACAGUCACAUAACAGAGAGAGUGAAGAAUACGAUCUAGAUCCCAGCUCUGCUUGAUCCAGAAAGUUUCUCAGGAAGAUCUCAUCAUGUACCUGUUGUUGGUGGUCGUCUCUCUUCUGUUUAACUCUGUUCCCUCUCAGAGUCGUCCUACUGAGGAUUUAUUCAAAAAGAUCUCUGGGAAGACAGGAAACAUAACUAAGAAAAAUGACAUGCCAGUGUCAAAUAUAAUCCAGUCCAACAAACAUGAAGGACAGCGAGUGGAUGGGCCCUUGAUCACGUUCGGAGACAUCGCCGUAUCAACAGGGUUCAAGAAUGCAGAUCCGUGCACAGCUCGUGGAUGCAAAUGGGAGAGAAGCACGGAUGGAUUUGUCUAUGUGCCCUACAUGAUCUCCAACCAGUACUCUCCAAAUGAACUACAAGUGAUUAAACAAGGCUUGCAGUCCUUUGCGGAUGUGUCCUGCAUUCGAUUCGUACCACAUGCAGGACAGAGGCACUUUCUACACAUAAUGUCUGAUUCUGGUUGCUAUUCAUAUUUGGGGCGCCAAAGUGAAGGACAGGUUGUUUCUCUCCAGCGUCAUGGGUGUGUCUAUCACCGAAUUGUUCAACAUGAGCUCCUUCAUGCCCUCGGGUUCCAUCAUGAACAGAACCGCAGCGACCGCAACAAACACAUCAAAAUCCUUUUUAAGAACAUCAUACCUGCACAGCAGCACAAUUUCAAGAAAACAAAAACCAAUAAUCUGGCAACCCCCUAUGACUACAACUCUGUGAUGCACUAUAAAAGGUAUGCUUUCUCCAAGAACAACAAUCCGACCAUGAUUCCCAUUCCUGAUAGGAACGCUGUGAUUGGGGAAGCUCAAGAAAUGAGCCCCAAUGACAUCCUGCGCAUUAACAGACUCUACUGCAGUUGAAGUGCUACCAGGCUGCAGGAAGGAUGUGUUUGCUGAUAUUAUUAAUCUUUUCAUCUUAGCAUUCAUCAUUCACAUAUCAUAUCAUGUCUUUUUUCCACAUCACAGUUCCAAAGGAUUUUUUGCUUAAAAAAAUUAAACAGCUUUUUGAAAUCAGACACCUCUUAGUACACAUUCAGUAUCAGAGGCUUGUGAAAAACCAACAAAAGGUGCAUAUAUUGUACAAUUAAAAUGCUUUUUAAAGGGG